UCUUCUAAAACAAGCUACAAUACAUGUAAUUUAAUGUCAAGAAAGUGGUUAUUCUAUUAUUCGAAAAUUUCUAUAUAGUUCAGAGAAUCUCUAUUGUAAUAAUAAUAUACAUACAUACAAGAUAAUCCAUUUAAAUCGAAUCACUGGAGUAUUUUCAAAACUGUGGAUGAUGUGAAAGAUUAUGUCAGAUAAAAGUUAAGUGAUUUCACUUCUUCCUAUGGACACAUAAAAUCUGUGUGAAGAUUAAUUUCAUUUAUUUAAAUGAUAUUUAAACAUGUCAGCUUUUAAAUACAUCAAAUUUAAAUACAUUGGCGCAAUUUUUAAUACAGUUGAUAUAGUUAGAUACAUUCUUUGUAAGAACUAUUAAUUUAGGAGAUACUUUAAUUGCAAUUUUUAAAAUCUGUCGCAUGAAUGUAUGUAUAAUGUAUAAUAUAACGAACCUUGUUGCUAAGUUAAAUUCUUCGAGCAAAGAUCUUCGAGUUAGAGAUUCUUUUCGAGUUUUCGAGUAAAAGAGAUCUAACAAACGAAAAUAGAGACUUAUAGAGACUUGUUAGAUUUUUAUAUAUAGUUUUUAACUUGUGCUAGCUCAGAGAAAGACAAAUUCCCAGAACAUAUAUUCUUAUUUUUUUGUAGUAUAUGUCCUUGGAGAUGAAUACUCGCGUAUUAUUAUAGACUAUAAACAAUUGAAUGCCGCAGAGCCAAUGAUUCCAUAGAUGUGUAAUGAUAAUUGUAUACAUUGUAUACACUGUAUAAAAUACAAAUUUGUGGAAGCUGAAUUUGAGUUAUAAAUAAAUAAUUCGAGUUAUCAGAUUUUUGCAUUUCGAACUGUGUAAAAAAAAAGCAAGGAAACUUUUCGAAUUACAGAGGUUCCGAGUUAUCGAUCCUCGACUGUAUUAUGUAAUAAUUGAGCUGCAGAUUUGAAAGAAUAUGAAGAUACGAAAAUACGUAGCAUAAUAUGUAAAAGCAUAUUAACUAUCUAAAAUACAAUACUUCUAAAAUAUUAACUAUCUAAAAUACAGUAAAAUAUGAUAUUUAAUAAAUUGUUAGCUAUAUUCACAAAAAAAAAAAAAUACAUAAAAAUCCGCAGUUUAGUAAUAAUAGUAGCAAUUAUAUAUUAUAAAUACAUAAUAUAUAUUUGUAAUAUAUUCAUGAUAAUAUAUUAUAAAUGUAGCAAUAAUAUAUUACAAAAUAUAUAGUAAGUAAAGCAGUGCGAACACGAGAUUUCACAUUGAAUCGCGUCGUUUUAUAGUCCCCAGGUCGUCAAAGGUCCGUCGAUUUGGAUGACCAAGAGAUCCUUAUAGACUUCAAGCCAGCGCCCGUGUCGCCGGACGCUCGCGCGCUUUUGAACCGGAUGUCGCAGACGACGCGGAGGUUCCUACCGUUGCAGAAGACUCUGUCGGACGGUGAAAUUCGCGUGGAGAGACGCGAGUUGAUCGGCGAGGCUGGCGAGCCGAGUUACCCUCACACGUGCAGGAGGAACCACCAGGACCCCUGGGGGAGAACCGUCAGAGCAACCGUCCAAUUCUCCUCGACGCCCGAGGACCUGUCCUUGCUCAGGGUCGCUUCGCCCCAAGAGGAUCAUCCCGAAGAGGAGUUUCACGAGAAUCUCAUCCGACGAGGACUGUUUCGCAAAAGGAGCGUGUCAUUGGAGGAUGGCGUGCAAGGCUUGGCGUCGGACGAUUUUAUGUUACCCAGAUCGCUCCCCACGUCGCCCACUUCGCCAACUGCGGUAUCAGCGCCACGAAGAAUUUUACAAAGCCCGAAGGACUACGAGUCGCCGACACGGCCGUUACGGCAAGCCGGGCAAAUUUGCCCGUUACUUUUCAGCCCUGGAACUGGGAUCACUGGCAUGAUCACGUCCCCGUUCGCAUCGAGCGAUUCGUUAACGAACGACGUCACGAGGGAUCACAGCGACGGAAUUUGGAACGAGUCGCAAGCGACGGUCCUGCAGGCUGACUCGUUGGCCCUUUUGACACCGUCCUCGAGGAGAAGGCAUCUGCUGCUUCUCCAGCAUCAGCAACGUUCCUCGAUGGACACCGAAGCGUUGGACAUCGAGGAGUCGAUGGAGUCGCGUCCGUCGAGUCCGAGGAUACGUCUCGAGCCUGCGACACCUAUUCAACCUCUAACACCAAGGCAAUUACUUCUCAGCGUCGAAUCGGCGAUGACGCCGUUGAACGGCCGACCGAGAAGCGGAUUCCGUCGUCCGAGCCCCGGGCCGCCGUUGUCGCAGCCGCAGUCGCAGUCGUCGAGCGAAUUCGGGCUGAGCCUCGCCAGAACGGACUCCGGCGGUCGUACCAACACUGAUCUGUCGGAGACCUCGACAACCGAGGAUUAUGUCACUGCCAACACCUCCACCGAGACCGGGACCACAACGGGCACCUCCGCAACGACCAGUUCCUGGUCGAGGCCCCCGCAAACCUCGAGCGCCGCGGCCUCGGCCUCGGCCUCGGCGACAGCCACUGCCGCGGAGGGCAGCUCCUUCGAGAGCGCCAGCUCGAUUUACAGCCUAGCUCGCAGCGAGGCGGUCGUUGAAGAGCCAUGCAGCCCACCACCGAUAUUGGAGGAAACGGAAAUUCCAUUUGGAUUGGAGGUACCUCCGUCACCAGCCAGGUCCACCAGCAGCAGUAGUUCGGGCAGCUACGACCUGAAAGAUGCGAUGACAGAUCCGGGUCAGGAACUCGAGCAGCAAACAGCACCGCCGAGCGGACACACCUCAGAAACGGAACUGGAUCAUGACGAAGGUCACCGCUCCUCUUCCGGUGGUUACGCCGAGUCUCCGCCGGAUCUACGCGGCUGGACCGAGGAAGAACGUCGCAGACGAAGGAAAACCUUCACUCUCGACUUUCUUGGAAGCGCAGCGAGCGGCGAACGCGGCGUAGAGCUGUACGGAGAGAACGUGGAGGUCAGCCCAACGCCAAGUCAUCGUCAUCGGCCGAGAGGGAAGUCGACAAGCGCCAGAAGCCCGCACAAGAACAACAGAAAGCGCGAGACUGUACAACAGACGGUUCAGGUGCAACAAUCGCAACAGCAACAGCUCACCAGAAGCCCUCAGAAGGAGGAUUGGCGCGUCGAACAGGCCGAGGAUGGUGGUCAUGUUCCUACUUCGGACGAUUCCAGCUGCAGUCAUCACUACCACAUGCACCAUCAUCAUCAUCAUCAUAUGCAUCGCGAGGGCGCUGAUGGAAGGCAUCGGAGGACGAGGGAGAGUCCAAGGAGGAAGACCACUGGCUACGUUUCUGCUAGGAGAAGAAGCAACGAGGACAAGAACGCUGCGAUAACCGGCAGCCUUCCACGAAGAAGAUCGCGCGCAGCGGACGACAUAAUGUGUGCAAGAUUGAGCCCCGGUCGUUAUCAACGUAGUCCAGGACACAAUGGACAACGGGCGUUGAUCGUCGAGUCGCAAAGCCCAGAGGCUAGAUUGAAGGCUCUUUCAGCGGAAUCGUUGAGGUCCGUCAGUCCAGGUAGCGACAGUGUCUUCUACAGCGAGGGCGCGGACCAAUGCUUGACCAUCAGCGCCCUCGACGCCCCGCAUUGUUACCAUUGUGGAAGAGAGGUCUCGGAAGAGAUCGUUCGACCGCCGGCAGGUUUCGCGGACUCCCCGGAAGGACACAGGUCCUCCGCGACGAAGCACGUGUCUGGUCAUCGGCUGUACAAAAAGUUCGACAAGAGGUACCGAUCGGAGGAUCGAGGAGACAGGAGGCAUCGACGCAGCAGCGCUGGUAGAUCGGACGUCCGGGCGAAAUCGGAGGAAAGGGUGGCCUCGAGACGAGGAAGCAGAGGAUCCAUCGACGAGACCGCCGCUGGGAGAAAAAGGCUUCACGCGAGGAGCACCGACGUCAGCUUGGAGAUACUUACGGGUCGGGAGGACGAGGACACGUACGUGGAACCGUACACGAGCAGCGAGUGGAUUUACAUCGGCGACCUCGAGGAGAGUCACGUGUGGAAGAGGCCAGACGACCGGGAUGGCGACGACGAAGUUCCGGAAAGCAUCGCUAGAGAGAGGAGGAGCUCCCAGGAAUCGACGGAGAGCGAGAGAAACUUCCGGAAGAAAUACCAGGCGACUACGCAGAGGAUAGUGCACCGAAAGAUCAGCGGGGAAAUGUACAAAAGGAUACAGACCAAGUGUUUCGGUGAGUUGUUGCACUCCGUUCUUCUUUUUAUUUCGUCCUCAAACUUCUUUUAU